AUGGCGACGGUACAGUUGGCAUUUCAUCUUGUCUUUGCAUUUGCACUUAUUGCAGUUUGCAAAGCUUCUGGCAACCAUUAUAAAGACGGAGACAAGGUCACAGUAUUUGUGAACAAAGUCGGACCGUACUUCAAUCCACAUGAGACGUACCAUUAUUAUCAGCUCCCUGUGUGUCGACCAGAGAAGGUGGAGACACGCAGUCUAACACUGGGGGAGAUUCUAGAUGGAGACCGCAUGGCCAUCUCAAUGUAUGAUAUUAAAUUUAAAGAAAAUGAAAUGAAUAAACAACUUUGUAUCGUGACGUUAAAAGAGAAAGACAUCUACCAAUUGAAGGAAGCCAUAGAGGACCUGUACUACUUUGAGUUUGUUCUGGAUGACAUUCCCCUGAGAGGAUUUGUCGGCCAUUUUGAGGAGGGUGCCUUUAUCCCUCACACCCACAAGCUCUUCCUGUGGCAUCAUCAUACCUUCCAUAUAGAGUACAACGGCGAUCAGAUUAUCUAUUCCAAUAUUACGACCAGGGAGAGGAUGCCGUUGAAUCUGGAAGAUGUUGUGGCACCCCUUGAGGUUCAGUUCUCUUACUCGGUAGUGUGGAAGGAGACCAAGAUGACCCAUGAUCAACGCAACGUCAAGAUCCUGAAGAGUAGCAGCUUCUUCCCAAGAACUCUGGAGGUUCACUGGUUGUCGAUCAUCAACUCCAUGGUGCUGGUGUUCCUGCUACUUGGUUUUGUCCUUAUCAUCUUGAUGCGCAUUCUGAAGAAUGACUUUGCCCGUUACAAUCUGGACGAUGAGGAGUCUGAUGAACUAGACCAAGAGGAGAACGGCUGGAAGAUUGUCCACACCGACGUCUUCCGCUUUCCACCACAGAGAAGUCUUCUAUGCUCCAUGCUUGGUGUUGGUUCUCAGUUCCUGGCCCUAGCUACAUCUAUCAUCAUCAUGGCCCUGCUGGGUAUGUUCAACGUCCACAGACACGGCUCCAUGAAUACUGCUGCCAUCUUACUCUAUGCUCUCACCUCAUGUGUGUCGGGAUACGUGUCCAGUAGUUUCUACAAGAAACUAGGAGGAGAGAACUGGGUCUGGAACAUUAUCCUGACAUCGUGCAUGUUUUCAGUGCCGUUCUUUUUGGUGUGGAGCGUGGUGAACUCAGUGGCUUGGUACAAUGAGUCAACCCAGGCUCUCCCCUUCACCACCAUACUCCUACUCAUGUGUAUCUGGAUACUCAUUGGAUACCCUUUGACGGUGAUCGGCGGCAUUAUGGGCAAAAACAUGUCCGACUCUUUCGACGCCCCCUGCAGGACCAAGAAUAUCUCCAGAGAGAUCCCAUCAGUUCCUUGGUUCCGCUCUGGCUUCAUUCACUGCAUGGUGGGUGGCUUCCUUCCCUUCAGUGCCAUCUCGGUGGAGCUCUACUACAUCUUUGCCACCAUCUGGGGUCGUGAGAUGUACACGCUCUACGGUAUCCUCUUUGUAGUGUUCGGCAUCCUACUCAGUGUGACGGCGUGCAUCUCUGUCGCCCUCACAUACUUCCAGUUGUCCAAUGAGGACUAUCGGUGGUGGUGGCGAUCUAUCUUCAGUGCUGGAUCGACGGGCUUAUUUGUCUUUAUCUACGCAAUUUUCUACUUUGUGAAGCGCUCUAGCAUGACCGGCAUUCUGCAGACUGUGGAGUUUUUCGGCUUCACGUUUCUCGCGUGCUACGUGUUCUUUCUCAUGCUUGGCACGGUCUCAUUUUUCGCGUCGCUGAAAUUCAUCCGCUACAUCUACAGAAAUCUUAAGAUGGAUUAGGACUCUGCGUCUACGGACGACUCACGUGGUGUGUCUUCCGUCCGUGGAAAAAGGGAACGUAAAUCCAGCUGAUAUUAAUCCUUACUUAUUAACUGAUAAUAAUAUUUAAAAAAACUGUUUAAAAUAUUGGUUUUGCCUUUAUCAAGAUGGAUUCAGUACUCCAUAGGUGAAGCGACCAUGUUUUGCAAUUAUAGGCAUAACUGAUCUGAAUCGGGAAUCCAUUGCUUUUUGUAGACUUACAUUGCUUUUUGAAGAUUUACUUAUGAAGAAAUCUUAUGGAUUCCUCAAGGUAGGUUUAUUGGUGAGAGUUAUAUGAUGGAUCUGCUAAAGGUUCAGAUCAAACUGGAAGUUUCAGAUGUGUUAUAACAGGCUGCAACAAGAUCAAAAACUUCAAACAAAAGAUGGUGUCAGUUUCUUGUGGUGGUACACAUAUGUAGAUAUUUUCUUAUGGGAUUAUGCUGUGAGUUGUGUACUUUGUUUGAAGUACAUACAUGUACAUCACUCGAACAUGUAUAAGUACAUGUAUUGAGCUUUCAUUUUUUUAUUGUUUUAU